UCGGGAAUCUUGAUCUUCACUUAACUUGAUGACUUGAGCCGUGUGCGUGUGGUCCUACAUGGUGGACGACUUCAUAUCUUUAAAAUCGGAUCGACUACCACCGCCCAUUAUUAAUUAACAGUGCGCACAAUCGGUUAAGCAAAUUCUCAAUUAUGAGUGAUGACGAAGACGAUUUUGCUUUUUAUGGCACUGCUGUUGCUCAAUUGGAUGAAAAUGACAUUGUUGCAAAGAAAGCCCCUAGACUGGAGGACCAAACUGUCGCAGAUAAGCAAGGAAGGCGACGAUUCCAUGGUGCAUUCACCGGAGGCUUUUCUGCUGGUCACUUUAAUACAGUGGGUAGUGUGGAGGGCUUCACUCCAUCAACAUUCACAUCAUCCAGAUCUGAGAGAAAUAAGGAUAAAGUGGCCCAAAAUGUUGAAAUGUUCAUGGAUGAAGAAGACAUGAGUGCUCAUGGCAUUGCAGCGCAACGACUUCAACCAAUAGCAGAUUAUGCUGGUGGCAGCAGCAGUGAUGGCAAGAGGAAGCGGAUCAUGCCCAGCACAGGACCAAUUCCUGGAAUUCCUGUUCUGCUCGACAUCACCACUGAUCCAUGCAAAAGUGUGGGCGUUCGUCUCCUACGCAGCUUGGGUUGGCGAGAAGGACAAGGAGUUGGGCCGCGUCUUUCACACCGAGAAAAGAAGAGGAAAGGCAAAAAAUUUUCACAUUCUUCUGCAGUGGAUGGUCCCGGAAAUUCGGAUUCCGACUCAGAGUUGCCUGCCGGCUAUUCCAACGUGACGUUUGCCCCCGAAGAAGCAGGGUCUGCUCAAUUAGCUGUUUUAGAAAACAAGGACAACACUUUUGGAUUGGGUUACAAGCCUUUGAGUCGCGAUAACAUCUUGGGGAGAAAAGUGCGCGAAUCGCAGCCUUUUUCUGUCUCAGAGAAGAAGAAAACAAUGACCAUCAAAGGACAGGCGUUUGGCGUCGGUGCCUUUGAAGAAGAAGAUGAAGACAUAUAUGCUCAAGAAGACUUAUCUGACUACAACUUUACAUUGGGUGGGUCAGCAACUGCCGUUACAAAAACAUCGAGCACAAACAGCAACAUCAGCGUUGGGUCUGUGUGCGAAAUUCUGGAAGGUUUCGUGCUAAGCAAGUCCUCGGAAGCACCUCCGGCUGAACCUUCCUUGCCGGCUUUACCUCCAGGGUUUGUGCCUCUGCACAAACCUCUCAGGAAACGGUUUUCAGGUCGUAGUCACGAGCAGCGCGGACUGGGACGCCACGACUUGACUUAUCACGACCGCUACCGCAUAAUGGCGGGCAGCGAAACUAGUGUCGAGGUGAGAACUGGCGUAAAGGGCGCACAGCCUCCUGUCGUGAGAGCCUCUACGCCUCCUGAUGAAAGAGUCUCAUCGCCUCUUCCUCCUGAGCUUUUCUCAGACGAGGCCCAGCCUUCGAAAGCUGGAGCUCAGUAUCAGCCAUUCAGCAGCGAUCCUCAAAAGCAGAAGAGAUACGAGCUCUUCCUCAGGAUGACCGAGAAAGGCCUUAAAAGUCGUUACAACGAGACGCAGCCUGCGUCUUUGACGGAGUGGGAGCGUGACCGGGAAAUUCAAGAAUUUGAACGCGCUGCUUUACUCUACAAGCCUCUUACGUUUGCUAUGGCAACAAGAUUUGUCUCGAGCUCUGUGGGAGAGAGUACUCCGUUGUUGAAAGAUGGCCUCAACAUGAAUAUUAAAAAGGUAAAUCCUCAGCUGACGCCGAAGCAGGAGUCUGUAUUGGAGGACACCUCCACUUCUGCCGCCAGCAGUGAUCCGCGUAUGCAAGCUGCGAGCAACGCCAUGUUCGGUAAACUGACGCUCUCCGUGAUGCAGUGGCAUCCUGACAAGACGCUCUGCAAGCGCUUCAACGUGCCACAUCCUUUCCCAGACUCUCGCCACGUUGGUGUGAUGUCUUCGUCUGGCAAGAGUGGCACAAGAGACGGGCUUGAUGUCCUGCGCGUUGCGUCGCCCUCACGACCUCCGCCGGUCGCUGCCACCACGACCUCUUCAGUCGCCGCUGUCACGGUCCCCUCCAACGAAGAUCUGGAGCCUGAGACGCCGGAGACUUACGGCUUGAAGGUAUCGGUUACAGGGCCUCCGACUAUUGACCUCUUCAAGGCUAUUUUUCAAGACUCGUCGUCCUCAUCGAGCGACUCUGAAAGUUCUGAACCAGAAAAUAAAAAGCUUGAAUUGCCAAAUUCGUCCAAGUCUCUUCGCAAUGCUGGUGAAAAUGAACGAAAAUUGGACGAACCAUCGCAGCGAACUCGGAAGAGUCGAUUUGAACCGCGUGAUGAAGAUGAUCUUGAAUUUCAACCUCCUAAGCAAAUUUUGAGCAAUGAAGACUCUGGCGACAAGGGAGAUACCUUGAUUGUACCUCCAAAACACAUAUUUGUGUCUCAGAAAAGCAAAGGCGACGGAGAUGAUGCUAAGAUUGAAAACGGUUCUGAAAAGAUUGAUAAGAAGAAAAAGAGAUCGGCGUCUGUGGUUAAAUCCAGUCUUAGUUUCGUGGUUGAGUCUGACCACAGCGAUGAAGAAACUGCGAAAAAUUCUUCCAUCCAAACCAGCAGUUCCAAACAUUUAUUGUUAUCUCGGUCUGAAAAAGAUAAUGGUGAUCGAAAGCAAAUGGCUUUACGUGAACACUCGGACCCUGACAGAUAUCCAACGAUGGCAACAAAAUCUUCCAACAGCGAGCAUGCUUCGAUAUCGGCAAAUAACAAACAAAAAUGCAGUAAAAAUAAUGUUGAUGAUGAAUCAGUUAGAACGAAUUCGGAAUUUCAUUCUUCAAACAGAAGGGGAUUCGAACAGCAGGCUACUGAUGCUGGUAUGGGCCAUGGUUCUAUUUCUCGCUCAGGCCAAACUUAUCCACACGAGAAAAAUGCGGCUAGUAACUCCAGGUCUCCGUCGGAGUUGGUGACGAAGCCUACCCAGUCUCGAGCAGGUGGAAUUUUUGCCAACAUCGAUUUUGCAGAACUCAACAAGUACCGAGAAUUAAUUUCUGAUCCUCCAGAUGAUAAGGCCUCGAUUGAUAAAACUGAGAGCCGAGAUAAUCCUUCAGAUAAAAGCACAAGAACUGAAACUAGGCCACAGAUAAAAAGUACGUCCGAGUCAGUGCGUCGAGUCCUCGAAAGCUCGUCUGACGACUCAAAUUCGUCUGUUGACUCCAGCGACGCGUACGGCGCUGCGCUGCCGCCAAAUUUUGUCAGUCCGUUGCAGGUUAUACGUGAGGGGAAGAAGAAAGCUGUUCCUGGUAUAAAGAAAUUUGAUGACACGAAGCUCGUUGAAAGAACUAAAGAACAUGCAGACCACAAAAAGAAGAAGAAGAAGAAGAAAGAAAAGAAGAAGCAUAAGCACAAAUCCCGCAAAGAAAAUAAAAAAUCUUCUAAAGAGAAGAAAGCGAGAAAAAAUCUAAGUGAGAGCUCGGACUCCUCUAGCGAAUAAGACUUGAAAAUAUCAAUGUAAAAUUUUGUUCUCAGCUGUUUAUUUUGAGUGUGACGUAUAUGAUAAUUGUCACUGAUUAAUAAACUCCUGAAGUCCUUU